CGGAACGCGGAGUUUCAGCUCCAAACUUUGGGAUUUCAGGGCACAACAUCACAACAUUUUGGGGCCAAACGCUGGGAUUUUGGGACACCCUACAGAGACGCGGAGUUUUGGCUCCAAACACCAGGAUUUUGGGGUACAACAUCACAACAUUUUGGGUCCAAACCCGGCGAUUUCGGCUCCGACCCUCGGAACUUUGGGAUGCGGAGUUUUGGGUCCAAACUUUGGGAUUUUGGGGCAGAACAACCCAACAUUUUGGGGCAAAACCCCAGGAUUUUGGGACAUGCGAUGGAGACGCAGAGUUUUGAGGUAGAAGGACGCAACAUUUUGGGUCCAAACUCAGCGAUUUUGUGUCCAAACCUCAGAACUUUGGGACGCGCGCUGGGGACGCAGAGCUUUGGCUCCAAAUGCCGGGAUUUUGGGACACAACAUCACAACAUUUUGGGUCCAAACCCCGGGAUUUUGGGACAUCCUAUGGAGACGCGGAGUUUCGGACCCAAACUUUGGGAUUUCGGGACACAACAUCACAACAUUAUGGGGCAAAAUGCCGGGAUUUUGGGACACCCUAUGGAGACGCGGAGUUUCGGCUCCAAACGCCGGGAUUUUGGGGCAGAAGGACGCAACAUUUUGGGGCAAAACCUCCAGAUUUUGGGACAUGCGAUGGAAACGUGGAGUUUCGGCUCCAAACGCCGGGAUUUUGGGGUACAACAUCACAACAUUUUGGGGCCAAACGCCAGGAUUUUGGGACACCCUACAGAGACGCGGAGUUUCGGCUCCAAACGCCGGGAUUUUGGGACAGAAGGACGGGAUUUUGGGGUAGAAGGGCGAAACAUUUUAGGGCCAAACCCGGCGAUUUUGGGUCCGAACGUCAGAACUUUGCGGGCACACGAUGGGGACGCGGAGAUUUGGGGCCAAACUUUGGGAUUUUGGGGCAGAACAACCCAACAUUUCAGGGCCAAACCCGGUGAUUUCAGCUGCAACCCUCGGAACUUUGGGACGCGGAGUUUCAGGUCCAAACUUCAGGAUUUCGGGGCAGAACAACCCAACAUUUUGGGGCCAAACGCCAGGAUUUUGGGACACCCUACAGAGACGCGGAGUUUUGGCUCCAAACACCAGGAUUUUGGGGCACAACAUCACAACAUUUCGGGUCCAAACCCGGCGAUUUCGGCUCCGACCCUCGGAACUUUGGGACGCAGAGUUUCGGCUCCAAACGUCGGGAUUUUGGGGCAGAACAACCCAACAUUUUGGGGCAAAACCCCAGGAUUUUGGGACAUGCGAUGGAGACGCAGAGUUUUGAGGUAGAAGGACGCAACAUUUUGGGUCCAAACUCAGCGAUUUUGUGUCCAAACCUCAGAACUUUGGGACGCGCGCUGGGGACGCAGAGCUUUGGCUCCAAAUGCCGGGAUUUUGGGACACAACAUCACAACAUUUUGGGUCCAAACCCCGGGGAUUUUGGGACAUCCUAUGGAGACGCGGAGUUUCGGGCCCAAACUUUGGGAUUUCGGGACACAACAUCACAACAUUAUGGGGCAAAAUGCCGGGAUUUUGGGACACCCUACGGAGACGCGGAGUUUCGGCUCCAAACGCCGGGAUUUUGGGGCAGAACAACCCAACAUUUUGGGGCCAAACGCCAGGAUUUUGGGACACCCUACAGAGACGCGGAGUUUCGGCUCCAAACGCCGGGAUUUUGGGACAGAAGGACGCAACAUUUUGGGGCCAAACCUCCAGAUUUUGGGACAUGCGAUGGAGACGCGGAGUUUUGGGUCCGAACUUCAGGAUUUCGGGGCACAACAUCACAACAUUUUGGGGCCAAACGCGGGGAUUUUGGGACACACAAUGGGGACGCGGAGUUUCGGGUCCAAACUUCGGGAUUUUGGGGCACAACAUCACAACAUUUUGGGGCCAAACACCGGGAUUUUGGGACACCCUACAGAGACGCGGAGUUUCGGCUCCAAACACCGGGAUUUUGGGACAGAAGGACACAACAUUUUGGGGCAAAACCUCCAGAUUUUGGGACAUGCGAUGGAAACGCGGAGUUUCAGGUCCAAACUUUGGGAUUUGGGGGCAGAACGACCCAACAUUUUGGGUCCAAACCUGGCAAUUUCAGGUCCGACCCUCAGAACUUUGUGACACACGAUGGAGAUGCAGAGUUUCGGCUCCAAAACGCCAGGAUUUUGGGGCAGAACAACCCAACAUUUCGGGUCCAAACCCUGCGAUUUUGUGUCCAAACCUCAGAACUUCGGGACGCACGCUGGGGACGCAGAGAUUUGGGUCCAAACUUCAGGAUUUCGGGGCAGAACAACCCAAUAUUUUGGGGCCAAACGCCGGGAUUUUGGGACACCCUACGGAGACGCGGAGUUUCGGCUCCAAACGCCGGGAUUUUGGGACAGAAGGACGGGAUUUUGGGGUAG